AUGGACAAAGGUGUCGCACUCGGACGAAAACGGUUGUUUUGGCGCAAAACUGCCUUAAAAACACAAUUCGUGUGUGUGCACAAGGACACGACACGAAAACGGACUCAAAAUAUGUCCGGGCGGUGGUGUAAGUCACACGGCGUGAAAACACGUGGGGACCACGGCGGAUCGCACUGCGUACAACGACGGGCGGGCGAAAAACGGUUGUUUUGGCGCAAAACGGCCUUAAAACACAAUUCGUGUGUAUGCACAAGGACACGACACGAAAACGGACUUAAAACAUGUCCGGGCGGUGGUUUCGGCGCAGACGGCCAUAAAGAAACACAACUUCGUUACGACGAACGAGCCAAGAUGGCUGAGCCACGAACGACGGACGGCGGACAACAACGCAACGGCGACAAUACAAAACGCGCGACAACGGCGGGAUGGUGUUGUAAGGAGCGCGGGUGCUCGUGGUGGGGUGUAGGCCGAUAA